AUGACGUUCGUGGAGCAAAGAAGAUGUACCCGGCGCCGUGGGGCGUGCCAACUGUGCCGCCAAAAAAAGAUUCGAUGCAAUGGUCAGAAACCGUGCAAACUCUGUGAGAAACAUGGUGUAGCGUGUGACUACUCUGCGCCAAUAAGACAGUUAUCCGUGCCAAUAUGUCCCCCUCUUUCGUCCAUGGUCUCGCCCGUACACUCGAGCUCAUUGCCUUGUCCGCAACGCUCUCCAGAACCGCAAAGCCAUGGAGUGUCAGCAUCUCUGCCUAAUCUUGACGGGAUUGAUUUUUCGGCGUUCCAGAGCCAUGGAGCACGAUCUACGGAAAACAUGGUCUCUCCUCGUACUCAGCCCGUUGCAAUACAGCACGAUGAAUCGAUGGAUAAUUUUCUGCGCAUGUCUUUGGACGAAGCAGGGAACAAUAUGGAACCUAUGAGCGUUGGCGAUAACAUGAUAAAUUUCAUGGAUUUCUAUGAUCAAGCGUCUCUGGAGCCUUUCUUACUUCCGCAAGAAGGAUGUAGCGAUCGCAGCCUACAAGACGUCGUUCAUGCUAUGGAUGAAAAAAACAACUUCUCCAUGCAAGAGUUUAGGUUUUCUUCACCAUCUACGCCGCCUGCCACUAGGUAUCCCAGUAUAUCGAGUCGUUUGGUGUCAAGAAGGUUCCAAUUACGCAGUGUGGGAAGGUGGGGCGCGACAGACGAAGCACUGGACUUCACACCUCAUGGCUUUUGUGUCGAGGAGCAGCACCUGGUAUCUAUUCGAGAUUGUAUGAAUGAACCAGGAGGCUACAUUGAGACGGCGAUCGAUGAACAAAUCAAAGCAAUUUCCAGUCCCCAUUCCAAUGCUAGACUCCUCCUACUUCAAGUUCUGAUGGCUCGGGGUGAGUUGGUCAGCUCGAACGAAUGGACGACAUUUUCAAAACAGAUGGUUCGUAACUGCUUGAAGCUCAGCACCUCAGUUACUGUGGAUGAGGACAGCAUACCGAAGUUCUUGCUGCAAUUUGCAUUUGACACUGGUCUUGACUGCGUGUCCACGCUUUUGGGCUACAGUGUUGGAGUUGCCCACUCCUUGUCGCUCCAUACGGAAUCAGGCAUUUUAGCCAUUGCCUCCGGUCCAGAUGAGGUCGUCAUGACCAAAUGCGCCGUCUGGGUGCUUCAACACAUCGAUCAGAUUGCGAGGCAUAUGUCAGCUUGUCGUCUUAAGUCGGAACUGCAGUACGCGCAGGUGUGUGCGCAGAUAUGUCGAAAUUCCCAUCCUAGAGGACGAGAUGGCGAUAAGGCGGGCUUUUCAACGGUUUCCAAACUUGCAGAUGACCUUGUGGCCUGGUUCAGCUCGGCACCAACGAUUGUUCGGAAGUCGAGUGAAAUAGCGGCAGCAACGCAUGCUCCCGAUUAUCAUUACAACAUGUUAAUGUUUCUGAAAUACCACGAGGCUGCUCUUGCAAUUUGUAAUAUUGCAGACAGAAACCUGGAACAAGUUUCUGAUAACGGAAUGAAGUCUGUCGACUGCUGGCAGGCCCCAGCCCAUCGACUAGACCGCGCAACUUCCGUCCGCGAAAUCAUCGCGGCGACCAAUAGUAUUCCUAGCUUUUCCAACAGAGUCACAUAUUUACACGUCGCAACCCUUGGACUUUGUAAUCUCGUCUUGGAGUGCCAAAAUGGGACUCGUCAGGGAUUGAGAGAAAGGCAGGCCAACCAGGCCAGCCUGGCUAUGAUAUUCGGUACAUUUGGGAGACUGUCCCAUACGCUGCCAAAGGAAGGAUUUUUCGAAUCUGUGACAGAUUUGGUCAUGAUGGCAACAUCUUCAAUACAAUAUGGCCAGCAAAUAACGUAA